CCAAAUCAAAUGAUUGUGUAUGAAAAAAUAUAUAUAAACUUAAUUAAUAAAAACUAUUAAUCUCGGAAAAACGCAAUCAGUCAUGUUAAGUUAAGAAAUGUUGUAUUUUCGCAGCCGUAGCUGCAUGCUUCCAAGAACACUGCUGUCCAAUUGAAAAAUCGAUUUUUCCAGCGCAAUCCAAUACAAAAAAAGAAUGUGCCAGUAAAUCGAAAAGUAGUUUAGUUUAAAUAAGAAAGCGGUAAAAUGCCAGAGAAUUUGGAACUGCACCAAUUUGAGGACGGAACGCGCGCGGGAGAUAUAUCAAAUCAAUGGCUGGAACAGAUUAAAACGCGCGUAAAUUGCCCGUAUUUGGGAAUAAUACUCGCUACGCUCUCUUCGCUGUUCUUCUCGCUGUGCUCGGUGAUUGUCAAGGGCCUGGUCGAUGUCAAUCCCAUGGAAUUGGCCUCGUUCCGCUUUGUGGGCGUUCUCCUGCCCACCAUCCCAAUACUCAUCUAUACCAAGCAGCCAGUAUUCCCGGAGGGCAAACGUGUCAUCCUGCUGCUGCGCUGCUUCAUGGGCACCACGGGCCUGAUGCUCAGCUUCUAUGCGUUUCGGCACAUGCCCCUGGCCGAUGCCAGCGUCAUCAUCUUCUCCACACCUGUGUUCGUUGCGAUCUUCGCAAGGGCUUUCCUCAAGGAGCCGUGCACCCUCUUCAAUGUGCUGACCAUCAAUAUUACGCUUCUUGGCGUGGUGCUAAUCACUCGGCCACCGUUGGUCUUUGGCGAAGCGACGCCGGAUCUGGACAGUGAAAAGUAUACGGAUAAAACAUAUGAUAUCUGGGGACCAGUCGCUGCCAUAUCCUCGACGCUUUUCGGUGCCAAUGUCUAUAUAUUGCUGCGUGCUCUGAAGAAUCUUCACUUCUCUGUGAUUAUGACGAACUUUGGAGCUAUUGCCCUCAUAUACACUCUGAUUGUGUGCGGCGCGAUUGGCGCCGUCUGCUGGCCGAGCUGUGGACGGGAUCGCUGGCUCGUCGUCAUCCUGGGCAUCUUCAGUUUCUUGGGCCAGAUCCUGUUGACGCUCUCACUGCAGGUGGAGCAGGCCGGUCCAGUGGCCAUUGCACGCUGUGCCGAUAUCGUGUUCGCCUUCAUCUGGCAAAUCCUCUUCUUUGGCGAGGCGCCCAACGGUUAUUCCUUGUGCGGCGCCCUGAUGGUCGUCAGCUCCGUGAUUCUGACGGCCAUGAAGAAAUGGGCGAUGGCCUUGCCCCGAGAGUCGUCCCUGCGUAAGCGUUUGCGUCUCAUACUGAUGGAGUAGACCAAAAUAGUUGCUGUAGUUGUAGUGGUUCAUGGAAUGCUUUAGUUAUUUUAGUGGUUUCUCAAAUCGUUUCAAAUCAAACACACAUUUGGGCAUCGGGGAACAAUGCUCAACCAACUACGAUACGAAUAACUAAUUCAUAUACACGACUUAGACUUUGGAUUAUUGAUAGAGCUCAGCUUAGUACUUAAAGAAAUUGACGCAUUAUAUAAAUAUCCACAUCUUUUACGUACAUAUAUAUAUAUAGGCAUAAAGUUUUAAAGUUCGAGCGUGAUACUCAUACCAUCAACAAAUAUUCAUACAUAUGACUAUGAUAUAUAUACAUAAAUCUAAUGGUUUAGUUUAGCCAAAUUCACUGAGUUGUUGUUUUGUACAUUGUUAUACAUGCUUAUACUAAAA